AAAUAAUGGUUGAAAUUCACUCACGGCAAUCCCUCUGUACAAUUCGAGCGAUCCAUGUGGACACGUGCGUGUGAGCAAAAGGUUGAAAACGGUGAAAAUUUCAAUUAAAGACGAGCUCUAGCGUGUUAACAUCUCAAGGGUGCUUCAAUUUUGAACUCCACUUGAAACCUGCCCUAGCGGCGAACGAGGAUGUGGAUUUCGAACUCGAAAAAAUUCAAACUUUUUAAAUUCAAUUCUCGUCCGUUUUUGCUUCGCUUUACUUAUUAGCCAUUUAUUUUGUCAUUAGAUGCUUAGGAGCUGGCCGCGUCCGGUGUGGGUGUCAGAACGCUGCUCUUUAACGAUCGGGCGGCGCAGUAAUGGGCAGAAACGCGGAUUUUAUGACAGUUGAGCACGAUGGAAGCGAAUCACGACUUUUGGCCGCAAAUUACUAACAUAAACCUAUAGAUAAAAACAAAAAAAAAAAGAGAGCAGCUCCCGCUACCCUAUAUAGAGACUCUACAGCAGGCUCACACGCUAGCUCGCGAAACCCCAGAUCAAAUGACCAGAUGCCGUCGUCUGGACGCGGUGCGGCACGGCUGCUGCUGCCACUGCUGGUGCUAGUGUUGGCCCUACUCCUACUGUGUUCUACCGUCUUGGGCCACCACCACCACGGUACUAAUCGGUACUGCUCCCUGUGCGAGCAUCACGUCGCUUGCGGUACCCCACGGGAGCUGCACGGCGAUUGCCACCGGUACAGCGAUGUCAACCUGACCGUCCUUACCCGCCACCGACACGUCAUAAUCGGCCACAUGAACCAUCUGCGGGACAAGUUCGCAUCGGGCGAGGUAAGCAGAUUCGGCAACCGGUACGGUCCCAUGUAUGCCGUCUCGUGGGACGACGAAAUGGCCGAGAUGUGCCGGUACAACCUCAACUCGUGCCGGUUUGGGCACGAUCGGUGCCGGGCGACCAGCCGCUACCGCCACAGUGGCCAGACGCUCGGCAAGCUGACCAAGUGUGUGCGCCAGCAGGAGGCCCGGGAGCGGCUCAACAUCAACGUGCUGCGGAAUGUGAUUCUCCAUCUCGUUGAUCGAUGGUUCGCGGAACAUCGGGAUACGGACGAGUCGGACGUACGGCACUACUCCCAACGCUCAUCAAAACGCAAGUACCAGAUAGGCCACUUUCUGCAGCUGAUUAACUGUAACGUGUGCAAGCUCGGCUGCUCGCUGGUGUCGUACCGGGAGUACCGGCCACCGAAGGUGUGCGCUACCUUCAUCCUGUGCUGCAACUACUCUUCCAUCAACACAAUCGGCCAACCGAUCUGUGGCCGCAUCAGCCACGGCGGCGACGACGACGACGACGACAACAAGGCCCAUGCCCCGUCUGACGGCUGCCCCCGGGAACCCCAUUACCGCCAUCUUUGCUCCAAAUGCUCCUCCUCUCGGUGGUGA